GACGGGAUGCCUUUCGACUUGUUGUGUUUUCUGUUACUCCAAUCGCCAUCUUGUUGCCAGUGAAGUAAUGUGUGUCUGAUGAAUUUCGGGAGCGCCCUGGAUGUCUUAUGACUAUCUAAGGAAGCCAGUGGAUUUUACUGUGAUUGAGCCAACACGUUUAUUUUGUAUCGGGGACUUGCAAACAUUUUAACGGGAACUUAUUGUAUCGGUAUUCAAAAUGAGUAUCGAUACUCUAUUGGAAGCGGCCAGGUAUUUGGAGUGGCAAUCCCAGCAACAACAGAUUACACGUGAGGAGGAGCAGCAGAGAGAGAAAGCCCUGCUGUCCCGUGAGGCUGAGCAGAAGCUCUCCGCCCCUGUUAUCCAGACUGUCCAACUCAACCAUGUGACCUGGGCAGAAGACAUGCGGCUCGGGUCGCACCUCGGGUCGCACCAGCACCACCCUCCGGUCCCGCCCCCACCCCUCCCGCCACCUGUUCCCAUAGCCGUCAUUCCCAUCCCGAUGGUCCCUGCCAACCCUGCAGGCCUUCCCAUUCAGACUGCUUCAUCCCUCCACACGGUCUCUCCAAUGCCAGUGGUCACUUCCUUGGCCACGGCCCUGUCCCCGCAAGCAGCAGCCCCUCUCUUCAGCCCCAAUGGCAAAGAUGCCCACUCCCCUCCUCCUCCUCUUCCUCCUCUUCCUCAGCAGCAACGUCACUUGAUUGCACAUGUAAAAACAGAAACUAACAGCUUGUCUCCAUCGAACAACGGCGCCAAACAGCUGCAGACGCAGACACUGCUGCAGUCGUAUCCAGCCCCCAUCAUCACAGCCCAGCACACACCGCAGCAACACACACUCCUGCCCCAGCCAGCGCUACCCCAACCUCAGCCCACGCCGGCCCAGGCUCAGGCAGGACAACCGCCCAGGACUAAUGGAGCCACUGUGGAAGAUCCACGCAACCUGGACGGGAAAAGGAGACCUGGAGGAGCUGGAACUCGAGAAGUUCACAACAAGCUGGAAAAGAACAGACGAGCACAUCUAAAAGAAUGUUUUGACACCCUCAAGAAGAACGUUCCUAAUGUGGAUGAAAAGAAAACUUCCAAUUUGAGUGUCCUGAGGAGUGCCCUCCGCUACAUACAGACAUUGAAGCGGAAAGAAAAGGAGUACGAGCACGAGAUGGAGCGUUUGGCGCGGGAGAAGAUCGCCACCCAGCAGAGACUCGCCGAGCUGAAGAACGAGUUGAGCCAGUGCAUAGACGUCAUAGAGAUCGACCGGAUACUCCGACAAACUGUCCAACCUGAAGAUGAUCAGGCCUCCACGUCAACAGCAUCAGAGGGUGAAGACAACUUCGACCAAGACGUCGAGGACGACAUCCUCUCCUCUCCACCCUCGUCUUCUGCACCUAAACUGCCUGCGCCGUCGGAGCCCCGUCCUGCCAUGCCUCCGCCCUCCAUCCUCCCUACGCACAUCUCCAUACAACACAAACCCGCCACCCCACCCAGCCAUCCCCAGGCAGCGGUGAUCACCCCUCAAGCCAUCGCUCCUGCGCCUCCUUCCCACAUCAUCUCCCCUCCUCAGCAAACAGUCAUCACCCACGCCUCCGUCUCCCAUGCGUCCGUCAUCCAGGCCGUCAAUCACGUCAUCCCAGCUGGGUCCAAACAUCUGGCGCAUAUUGCGCCCUCUAGCGCUGGCCAGCCAAUCGGACACAUCACCGUGCAUCCCGUGACCCACCUGCCCGCAGCCAUUUACCCGCAGUCGGUGGCCGUCUCGCAACCGGCGAUGGUGGGACACAUCACGCACGCGUUGGCGCACCACCCACACGCUCACGCCCAAGUUAACGGCACGCCGGUCACGGGCCAGCAGGCCACCAUGGUGGGGAAACCCACGGCCGUGGUCGCUCACCAUCACACUGGGCUGGUGGGCCAGACGGUGCUCAAUCCAGUGACUAUGGUAACUGUUCCUCCUUUUCCAGUCAGCACGCUAAAGCUGGCCUGAGAGAAACGAGAGGGUGCGCAGAAAGACUUCAAUGAAAGGAGGUCUCACAAAGCUAGAGCAAGAUAGACGGCGAUCUAGUCGACGACUAGAUCCCAGUCAGAAAUUCACUACUGUUGCUCAAACACGCCGGGACCUUUUCAGGAUCGGAGCGUGUCCUCUUUCACGUGUAGAAGGGGCUUGCGUGUCUUUUGCCAUGCAGCGUUGGAAUGAAAUACAGGUAAUGCACUUGCUUAGCUAAAUUCGAAGUCAGUCUUUAAUAAUGUGAGAGUGGAGUGCUAAAACAAAUCAAUUUUUUCUUCUCUUUUCCUCCUAUCCUUUUUUUCUGGGUGCAAAUUUUCACGCUUUACAUUCAUUCACCAAAAAAUUCCACAGACGAGUGCUUAAAGGUCAAUACUGGAAGCACGAGGAGAAAAAAAACAAACGUUUACUGCUUAAAGAUAUUAUUAGGGGCAUUUAAAACUCUUCAAACGGGGUUUUUGAAUAAUAAAAAAAAAAAAAACAGGUACAUUCAGACUUCUGAAAAAUGGGAUUCCUCAAAGUGUCUUUGACUUGCGAGCAAAUGUAAGUGCCUAUGCCCCAAGUCAAGCCCAUUGGCGCCACCUGCUGCCUACGCAAUGCAACAACACUGCUGAAUAUGAAGCGCAUGCGCACAAGCCUGUCAUGACACGAAGCAGUCUGAAAGGGAUAUUUACCCAUUUUGUUUUUUAAAAAAAUGUUAUUUACUCACCCUCAAGUUGUUCCAAACCUGUAUGAGUUUCUUUCCUCUGUUUUCUUCACCCAUCAAAUAUCUGUUUAUCAUCAUUAUUUUGUGUUCAGCGGAAGAAAGAAACUCGUACAGGUUUGAAACAACUUGAGGGUGCGCAAAUGUUGACGACAUUUUGAUUUUCGGGUGAACCCAAAGGAAACUUCGUUAAUAGACAAUUCAACAUCUGAGAAAGACCUGUAUUCCGCCAUGUAUUUGAAAGUACAUUCAAGCAUUUAUAAUUCCCAACAAGUGCUCAGAUAUUUAACAUAAUAACGAAAUAAUACUUGAUUAACGUUUCAAACUAUUAAAAAUGUGAAAGCGGGUCGAGAUGUCGGGCAUUUCCGUCUCUUUAAAUCAGCAGCAUUACCAAUGUCCUCGUGCUUGUAGCAAAACGUUGAAAAACGUCGAAGUCUUAGAGUACGUAAGUAAAUAGAUUUUUCGUCACCGCGCGCUCGUUCGUCGAUGGCUUGUUGUAAUGCGCGCGCACGUGUCCCAUUCUUCGCUCAUCGAUUUUUAUCCGUGAUUGUGUAAAUUGUCGUUAAGUAGGAUGCUUGUUUGCCAGCAUUUUACGAUGUUGAAACAUCCUGUUUCUGUUUCAACGAUGACAAAAAAGCCCAUUUACCAAUCUGGCCUGUCAUUCUCAGUACACUCGCUUGGUUUAAACUGCACAAAUUAGCCCAUCAUACAUUUUCCCAAUGUAAACUCGAUGGUUUGUUGAUUUAUACUGUCACUUUCAAACGGAACACUGUGAUUCCUGCUCUGAACGCCUCUUCCCUGCUGCAAACGCCCCACACCCGAGGUUUGAGGAUCUGUUUCUUUUUCUUUUGGGGGAUGUGAAGAUGAAAUGAUACAGUCUGUGCUUCACACUCAGUUAAAAACAAACAAACAAACAAAAAAAUGGCCUAACCUUUGUGGAAUUUAUUAGUGUGUUUUUCAUUUUUCUUUAUAUGUGUAUGGAUGGAUGUAUACAUGUGAGGUAUAUGCACGCAUUCACAUAUGUGUAUGUAUUUUAGGAUUAUACUGAUGCCUGGUUUUGCAUGUAGAUUGCAGUUUUUGUUUGUUUGUUUGUUUGUUUGUUUAAAUGUUAAUCCCUCCCCUUAUUUCAUUUUUGGGACCAUGUUUCAUACUGUAUGAUGUGGACGGGACCGUUAGACCUCAUUCUACAUUGAUAUUAUAUA